AUGUUGCGCUUCAGUGGCUUGUCUUCGCGCCAUGGCUCUAGUCACAUCGUUCAUUCCUCCGAGUUGGCGGCGGGGCUGAUCAACACCCGCAAGCCUGAGGAGGAGCCCUUCCAGGAACAGCGAUUCAUCCCGGCGCGACGGUUCGGUGGGGAUGAGGAGAUGGCUGGUGCCAUACUGUAUCUGGCCAGACGUGCGGGUAGUUACUCCAAUGGAUCGAAUCUAGUGGCGGAUGUGGAGAGGUCAUCGGUGGUGCAGGCGACUUAUCAGACUUGUGCAGUGCAGAUGAGUUGGGGAUACGGUGGGCUAGGGCUAUAG